UGGGCGGAGAAAAUUCUUUAAUGUGCACCGCCCAUUGUCAUGGCGAGAUCAAGUGAUUCUUUAAAGAGAGAAGAGAAGCCAUUAUUCGAGAAAUUAGAUCAAUACUACCUUGAAAUACAAAAUAUACUUUGUAAGUACCAAAGUCACACACUGGGCCUGUUUCCUCGUGGAUCUAGUCGUCAUGCCCGCGUGAAGGAUAAUGUCUACUGCUCAAUGGCACUCUGGGCACUGUCCAGAGCCUACAGUCACAUUGGUUAUGAUGAAGGUCGGGUUUUUGAACUCCAGCAAAGUGCCGUCAAGUGCAUGAGAGGCAUACUAUUCUGUUACAUGAGACAAGCUAAUAAAUUGGAGAGUUUCAAGAAAGAUAGAACAAAGCAGAAUGCUCUUCAUUCUCGUUUUGACUGCACGACUGGUAAUCUAGUCAUGGAUGAUAAUAGCUGGGGGCAUUUACAAAUAGAUGGCACUUCGCUGUACUUGCUAGUAUUGGCACAAAUGAUUGCUUCUGGCGUUGAGGUUAUACUAAGCAAAGAUGAAGUGGAUUUUGUUCAGAACUUAGUCUAUUACAUUGAGAGAGCUUAUAGGACCCCUGACUUUGGCAUGUGGGAGAAAGAGACAAAGGACUGUGGCAGCAACCUUGAACUUCAUGCUAGCUCGAUAGGGAUGGCAAAGGCGGCCCUAAAUGCUAUACAUGGUCUCAAUUUGUUUGGCGGAGGAGCCUCUUCCCCCAGUGCUGUCAUUCAUGUUGAUCCUGAUGCUCAGUAUCGUAACCACGUCAUCCUCUCCACCCUUCUUCCUCGGGAGUCCUCAAGCCGAGAGACUGACUCUGCCCUUCUUACUAUAACGGGUUUCCCGGGAUUUUGUAUAGAUACUCCCGAGCUGAGGGAACGGACCGAGACUAGAGUGGAGAGUGUCUUGGAAGGGAAAUAUGGUUUUAAAAGGUUUCCUAAAGACGUUCAUCCUUUUUUUAAAGAUGAGCACCAUUCUGAUAUCAAAUCUUAUGAAGGAUUUGAAUGUGAAUGGCCUCUUUUUUAUCUAUAUACUUACAUCAGUGCAAUGUUUAGAGGAGAGACAGAGAAGGCAGAGAGAUAUUGGGACAAACUAUCAUUAACUGUGACACGCAACGAGUCUGGCUAUCCUAUAGUCCCCAAGUUUUAUUGUUAUCCGAAGGAAGUCAUAAAAAAGAAGCUGACCUCUCCUUCUUUAUCCUCUUUUCCUCCUGAUACUCAAAUGAUCUCGCCAGAUGAGCCACACCCAUUCCUUUGGUCACAGUCACUCUAUUUCAUAGCAAGACUACUCAGAGAUAAAUUACUAACAUUAUCUGAGCUGGAUCCCAUCGGUCUCCACACAUCAGGUUCACAUGAUAAUCAAGUUACUUUCCACAAUCGUAGGAUUAACUUUCAUUCUCCUUCAACUCACAGACACACUGUAGUUCAAGUUGCUCUGAUAUGUGAGAGUAGCAGAUUACAAUCUAUACUAGCAAUGUAUGGUAUCCCAACACAGACCAUCAAACAGAUUGAGCCAAUCACGCUAAACUCACCCAACGACGUGCUUCUUAAAGUGUACAGCCAUUUAGGAGAGAACAAGAAAUUAGGACUAAGUGGUAGACCAAUGCGACCGAUUGGAGCCAUUGGGACCAGUAAGAUAUAUCAGAUAUUGGGUCAGUUAGCCGUAUUCUAUCCAACUGAUCUGAGUAUUGAUGAUUUCUAUAUGUCUUACGAUAUAAAGCUAUUCAUUGACACUGUGAAGUCGACCAUAAAAUUUUUAAACAGUUAUUGGAAUAUGACAGGAAGGCCUACUCUCACUCUCCUUUUACGUCAGAAUCUCUUCCAGAUAGAAUACUUCAAAGACACAAUAAAAUUUCUCGCUCAUUUAAGAGGCGGGGAAGUAGGAGGAGUCAAAGUUAGAUUAGACAGGCUACAGGCUCUUGUAUCGACCUCGUGUGUGGAUGUGUUGGAUUGUAUUGGAGAAGGAGAUCAGCACGAUGUAAGACAAGCUGUCACAUGUGCUGCUAGGAGUCCUAGACUACGCUCAAGGUCGUCUUCUCUGAGUACUUGUAUGUCUUCAUCUCUUACUUCAUUCCCUGAUGAUGCUGGGACUCCUGUUACUGCUGGUGGGAAUGGCGAUACGCUUCAAAUCAUGAGGUUUGAGCCAGGGCCAGUUGAUUUAGAGGAAGAACCAACUUAUGGGCCAGCUGAUUUGAAGGUUCAUUCUGUUGAUCAUUUAAAAUAUUUGAUAGAGGGGGAGAAUAACAUUUUAGGUAAAAUAUACCUGUUCUCAGAGGUUGGUAAUAAAGCAGGUUUGGACUAUCUUCUUGAUAGAGUAUCCAUUACUGAUCAUAUACAGAACCUUUAUGAAGAGGCUGCGAGGAGAAAGCAUUGGAUGGCCGUUCGAUUGGCUGCAAGCAUACUUAAUAAAGUCGUGGACUGUCUGGCUCCUUCUCUCUCUCAUUUAUUGGUUAAAGAAAAGGAGAUAUCAAUAGGUGUCUUUGGCUUUCCAGAGUACACUAUAACAGAGCCACUCACUCCAAAUGAGAUAGCACAGAUCAUGUAUCAGCAAUGCAUGCCAUACCAGCCCAUUGAGGCUGUCCUCCAACAAGAGCUCCUAAUAUAUUUUGGCGGUUUGAGCACUCGCUCUGACGUUAAUAAAAUGUUUGAUGGUAUGCUUUGCUUUAGAUUAGGUUGGAUAAUACAAGCAAUGAAAUCUGAAUUGCAUAGGAAAUCUAUUAGUAGUCAGAUCCUGUAUCAGUUAUCUCCAUAUCAAAUAAAAAAGCUUUUAAAGGAAACACUACUAGAAAACCCUGAGAGAACAGCUCUAUAUCAGAGGCAACUGAAUGGAGCUUUGAACCGUGUCCCACCAAAUUUCUACUUGAAAGUUUAUGGAAUACUAAAGAAGGCAUCUGGUGGGAUUACUGUUAGGGGAAAAACAUUACCACAAUAUCCAACAAUUGAAGUUCUAUCGGGACAUGAGAAAAGUUUCUGCAAGAAAGUGGAUCAACUUUUAAGCGAGAUAAUUAAUCCUGAAUAUAGACAGCUAGUCAUUGAGUUGUUGAUGGUGUUUUCUACUGUGUUGGAACGAAACCCUGAGCUAUGUCACAACAACUGUAUCAACAUUGACAAGCUACUUCAAGAUGCAUUUCAAUUGUUAGAGACUGACAUUGAAAAUAAGCGAUACACUGUAGGCAAAGAUCAUGACAAAACACAACAUCCUUUUUAUAGCCUUCCAGUUGGUGGGACAUGUGGUACAAUCACUUACAUGAGCAGAGCUGUACUCUCUCAUUUACUCGAAGGCGGGGUGGAUAGCUCCUGCUCCAUCUCAUAGAGGGGGCAAGAAAGCUGGCAUGAAAGAGAUUCACUGUUCUUAAUUCUUAACACUAUACAAUUAAUAUCAUUAUAAACUAAUAUCAGCUCAUUAUA